AGGAGAAGAAGAACAACCCGGGGAACCAAAAGAAGAAGAGAAAGUACAGCGACAGAAGCAGCAGCAGCAGCAGCAGCAACAGCGGCAGAAUGAAGCAACAGUUGUCGCCGGCAAAACAACGAAAACAAAACCAGAUUCAGUCGCGAUUAGUGCAAUGGGAAAUGCAGGCAGUGCUUCUAUUCGUGAGCCCGUAUCAAAUCGAACCACCCGCCACAGUGAGAUGAGUACCAUGGGCGAAGAUACGGAAUCGCACAGCAUACCCAUAAGUGAAGGACAGAACGCUGAGCAUGUGCUGUACCGCCUGAAGCGGGGCACCCGGCUGGACGUGCACCCGGACGCCUCGUUGCUGGGAAAGAAGAUCGUCCUGUACACCAACUAUCCCGCCGAGGGCCAGAAGUUCGUGCGCACCGACUACCGUGUGCUCGGAUGGCAGCUGAAGAAUGGCAAACAGAUCACGACUGUCAUGCAUCCGGAGGCUCAUGUGGUGGACACGGAUAUCCACAGUCAGCUGCAGCUGAAACUGUCCGGAACGUAUCACUUCUACUUCCGCUAUGUUGAGCGAGCAGACACCGGAAGUGCUGGAGCCGAUGGGGCUCUCUAUGUCCAGGUGGAGCCCACCCUGCAUGUGGGGCCGCCGGGGGCACAAAAGACAAUACCUCUGAAUUCGGUGCGCUGCCAGACGGUGCUAACCAAGCUACUGGGACCGCUCAGCAGCUGGGAGCCAAAGUUGCGCGUGGCCAAGGAGGCCGGCUACAAUGUGAUUCACUUCACACCCAUCCAGGAGCUGGGCGGCUCGCACUCCGCCUACUCGCUGCGGGAUCAGCUGAAAGUCAACCCAAGCUUCGCAAGCAAGAAGGGCGACAAGGUUACCUUCCAGGACGUGGAGAAGAUCAUCAAGAAGUGUCGCCAGGAGUGGGGCGUGGCCUCCAUCUGCGACAUUGUGCUGAAUCACACGGCCAACGAGUCGGAGUGGCUGCUCCAGCAUCCGGAUGCCACCUACUCGUGCGCCUCGUGUCCGUACCUGCGGCCAGCCUUCCUGCUGGACGCCGCCCUGGCCCAGUGCGGAGCCGACAUCGCUGCUGGCAGCCUGGAGCAUGUGGGCGUGCCUCUGGUUAUCGAUCAGGAGUGCCAUUUGGAAGCUUUAAAGUACCAGUUGCAUAACGCCUACCUAUCCAAGGUCAAUAUACACGAGCUGUAUCAGUGCGACGUGAUGCAGUAUGUGAACAACUUCAUGAACCAGGUGCGUACUCGCGAGCCGCCCAAGAACGUGGCCAACGAGUCGCGUUUCCAGGAGAUCCAGCUGAUACAGGACCCGGCAUAUCGACGCUUGGGUAGCACCAUCAAUUUCGAGCUGGCGCUGGAGAUCUUUAAUGCUUUCCAUGGCGAUUGUUUCGAUGAGGAGUCACGCUUCCGCAAGUGCGCCGAGACCCUGCGCCACCACUUGGAUGGCCUCAACGAUCGCGUGCGGGCCGAGAUCCAAGGCUAUCUGAACUACGCCGUCGACAAUUGCCUGGCCGGCAUCCGAUACGAGCGAGUUCAGGGCGACGGUCCCAGAGUGCGCGAAAUAUCAGAAAAGCACUCUGUCUUUAUGACCUACUUCACCCACACGGGCACCCUGGGCAAGACGCUGCCCGAGAUCGAGGCCGAUAUGUACACCAAGCCGGGCGAAUUCUUUAUGGCCCACAACGGCUGGGUCAUGGGCUCUAGCGAUCCAUUGCUUGACUUUGCCGAGGAGCAGCCGGGACGCGCCAAUGUCUACCUCAAGCGAGAGCUCAUUGCCUGGGGCGACAGCGUGAAGCUCCGUUUUGGCAAGCGGCCAGAGGAUAGCCCCUACCUGUGGAAGCACAUGACCGAGUACGUGGAGACGACGGCCCGCAUAUUCGACGGAGUCCGGCUGGACAACUGCCACUCGACGCCGCUUCACGUGGCCGAGUACCUGCUGGACGCGGCGCGGAAGAUCAACCCCGAACUGUAUGUGGUGGCCGAGCUGUUCACCAACUCCGAUGGCACCGACAAUGUGUUCGUCAAUCGCCUGGGCAUCACAUCCCUAAUUCGCGAAGCCCUUUCGGCCUGGGACUCGCACGAGCAGGGCCGUCUGGUCUAUCGGUAUGGCGGUGCGCCAGUCGGUGGCUUCUAUCCGAAUCCCACGCGUCAUGAGGCGUCCAGCGUUGCACACGCCCUGUUCAUGGACCUCACCCACGACAAUCCAUCGGCCGUGGAAAAACGGUCCGUCUACGAUCUGCUGCCCUCGUCUGCUCUGGUCUCCAUGGCCUGCUGUGCCACCGGCAGCAAUCGUGGCUACGACGAACUGGUUCCACAUCAUAUCCAUGUCGUGGACGAACAGCGUUUAUACCAGGAAUGGGGCAAGGGCGUGGACUCCAAGUCCGGCAUUAUGGGAGCUAAGCGAGCGCUGAAUCUGCUGCACGGACAGCUGGCCGAAGAGGGAUUUACUCAGGUGUAUGUGGACCAAAUGGACCCCAAUGUGGUGGCUGUCACCCGGCAUUCCCCGAUCACCCAUCAGUCGGUCAUUCUGGUGGCUCACACGGCCUUCGGGUAUCCGAAUCCGAAUGCCGGACCUACUGGCAUCGGACCGUUGCGCUUUGACGGCGUUUUGGACGAGAUCAUCCUGGAGGCCAGCCUGACCAUGAAGAGCGACAAGCCCUUCGAUCGUCCCGCUCCCUUUAAGAAGGAUCCCAAUGUGUUGAACGGCUUCACCCAGUUCGAACUGAGCCUGCAGGAGCACAUCCCGCUCAGCAAGUCGACCGUCUUUCAGACCCAUGCCAAUGUCGAUGGCAACAACACGGUGCUGAACUUUGUUAACCUUCGGCCUGGCACAGUGGUAGCCAUUCGAGUGUCCAUGCAUCCCGGACCCCGCAUCAGCUUCGACAGGCUGCAGAAGCUGACAAAUGCCUUGCGCCUGGGAUCGGGGGCUGAGUGGUCAGAGCUGCAGGGGAUCGUAUCCAAACUGGAUUUGGUGGCGCUGAGUGCCGCCCUCUUUCAAUGUGACGACGAGGAACGUGCCCAAGGCACAGGUGGCUCCGCCUACGAUAUACCCAACUUUGGGCGCAUUGUCUACUGUGGCCUCCAGGGCUUUGUUUCCCUGCUGACGGAGAUAUCGCCACACAAUGAUCUGGGCCACCCGCUGUGCACUAAUUUACGCGACGGCAACUGGAUGAUGGAUUACAUGGCCGAUCGCCUGACCAACUUCGAGGAUUUAAAGCCGCUCUCCGUCUGGCUGAAGGCCGCCUUCGAGCCUCUGAAGAAUAUACCACGCUACCUCAUUCCCUGCUAUUUCGAUGCCAUUGUCAGCGGGGUCUACAACGUGCUCCUCAAUCAGGUCAACGAACUGAUGCCAGAUUUCAUUAAGAACGGCCACAGUUUCACUCAGUCCCUGGCCCUCUCCACGUUGCAGUUCCUUUCCGUCUGCAAGUCCGCCAAUCUGCCAGGCUUCAGUCAUGCCAUCAAUCCACCAAAGCCACCGAAACAAUGUGUUACACUCUCUGCUGGACUGCCGCAUUUCUCCACUGGUUACAUGCGCUGCUGGGGCCGUGAUACCUUCAUCGCCCUGCGUGGAUCGAUGUUCCUGACUGGGCGUUUCAACGAAGCUCGAUACAUCAUUAUUGGAUUCGGCCAGACCCUGAGACAUGGUCUCAUACCCAAUCUCUUGGACAGCGGGAGCAAGCCGCGCUACAACUGCCGCGAUGCCGUCUGGUGGUGGAUGUACUCAAUCAGGCAGUACGUGGAGGAGGCUCCCAAGGGAAGCGAGAUACUGAAGGACAAGGUGUCGCGCCUCUUUCCCUACGACGAUGCCGAUGCACAUGCACCAGGGGCCUUCGAUCAGCUGCUCAUCGAUGUGAUGCAGGAGGCGCUGCAGGUGCAUUUCCAGGGACUGCAAUAUCGCGAACGCAACGCGGGCCGUGAGAUAGAUGAGCAUAUGGUGGACCAGGGAUUCAACAAUCACAUUGGAGUGCAUCCGGAAACUGGCUUUGUGUUUGGCGGAAACAACUUUAAUGCUGGCACGUGGAUGGACAAGAUGGGCUCGUCGCAGAAGGCCGGCAACAAGGGGCGGCCGAGCACCCCACGCGAUGGAUCCGCUGUGGAGUUGAUUGGCCUCCAAUAUUCUGUAUUGCGCUUCAUGCAGGGCCUGGCCGAAAAGGAGGCCAUCCCGUACACGGGUGUGGAUCGCAAGGGGCCGUCAGGUGAGUUGACAAAGUGGAGCUACAAGGAGUGGGCAGAUCGCAUCAAGGACAACUUCGAUCGCCAUUUCUUUGUCCCGGAGUCAGAGACAUGUUCCUUGGCAAACAAGAGGUUCAUCUACAAGGACAGCUACGGCGCAACCCAGAGCUGGACAGACUAUCAGCUCCGUUGUAACUUCCCCAUCACACUGACCGUCGCUUCGGAGCUUUGCAAUCCGCAGAACGCCUGGCGUGCUCUGGAGCUGGCCAAGCAGUACCUGCUUGGACCACUGGGCAUGAAGACACUGGAUCCCGAGGACUGGAACUACAGGGCUAACUAUGAUAACUCCAACGACUCGACGGAUUGCACCGUUGCCCAUGGAUCCAACUACCACCAGGGACCCGAGUGGGUAUGGCCCAUUGGCUUCUACCUGCGGGCUCGUCUCAUCUUCGCCAAGAAGUGCGGCCAUCUAGAUGAAACCAUUGCUGAGACCUGGGCCAUUCUGCGGGCUCAUCUCCGUGAGAUGCAGACCUCCCACUGGCGUGGCCUGCCCGAGCUGACCAACGACAAUGGCUCCUACUGCGGCGACUCCUGCCGCACCCAGGCCUGGAGCGUGGCCGCCAUUCUCGAGGUUCUCUACGAUCUGCACGCCCUAGGAGCGGACGUAGCUUAG